AUGAAGUUUCAAAGCAAUGAGAUUCUCAAUGGAAAGUACUCAGCAAGAAACACAACCAAAAGUGCUUUUCUCAUACCGUUCACUCUUCUUCUCAUCAUGUUUCCUCUUAUUCUCAUGAGAAACACAGAAGAAUCAUCACCAUCAUCGUCGUUGCCGCCGUCGUCUCCGAACAUGUCUUCUGUCAGAAACAUGAACAACAGAACAGAAACAAAAGGAUGUGACAUCUUUUCUGGUAACUGGAUUCCUCAUUCUGAAGAACCUUAUUACAAUAAUGUAACAUGCAAAUGGAUGAUAGAUGAACAAAACUGCAUGAAAUUCGGUAGACCUGAUGACGAGUAUCUUCAUUGGAGAUGGAAGCCGGAUGAAUGCGAGCUUCCGCUCUUUAAUGCAACUCAGUUCUUAGAGCUUGUUAGUGGUAAGAAAAUGGUUUUUGUUGGAGAUUCUGUUGGAAGAAACCAGUUGCAAUCUUUGUUGUGCCUCCUAAGUCAAGUGUCUGAACCUGAGGACGUUUCUCAUAAAUACACGUCGAAUGUCAUAUAUUUCAGGCGGUAUUUCUUCCCCGAUUACAAUUUCACCCUUGGAAAUCUAUGGUCACCAUAUUUUGUGAGAUCAAGUGAUGCUGAGAAAAAAGGUCAUUCAUACAACAACAUCAUGAAACUAUAUGUAGAUGAGGUUGAUGAAGCAUGGUCAAGUCAAGUUGAAAACUUUGACAUAGUAAUAAUCUCAGCAGGACAUUGGUUUUUUAGACCUUUGAUGUACUAUGAAAAGGGUCAACUUGUUGGAUGCAACAAAUGUGGAAUAGAGAAUGUAACAGAUCUUGCUCACUACUAUGGUUACAAAAUGGCAUUUAGGACUGCAUUUAGAACCUUAACAAGUCUUGAAAAUUUUAAGGGUGUGACAUUUUUUAGGACAUUUUCUCCAUCACAUUUUGAGAAUGGAGAUUGGAACAAAGGAGGGAAUUGUGUGAGGACAAAGCCAUUUAGCAAGGAAGUAAUGAAGCUAAAUGGUUACUUUCUAGAGACAUACAUGACACAAGUGAAUGAGUUUAAAGUGGCACAAGAGGUAGCAUCAAAUAAGGGAUUGAAGUUUUUGAUGCUAAAUACAACUGAGAUUAUGUUGUUGAGACCGGAUGGACACCCUAAUAAUUAUGGACAUUCUAAGGACACAAAUGUUACAUAUUACAAUGAUUGUGUUCAUUGGUGUUUGCCUGGACCUGUUGACACAUGGAAUGAGUUUUUGCUAUAUAUGUUGAAUAUAGAAAGCAACUCAUCUUAUGACUCAAAGUUAGAGAGUGUUGUUUUAUGA